AAAUAUAGAAGCAUUCCAUUUGGGUGCUAAUUGCUUAUCAAUGGAUCACCAAAAUUCAACAGAGAUGGCCGAACCUGCGUUCAAGAAAUUUGACAUCGUUUCGGACCACUCAGACCACUACUACAGCACCGUGAAAAAGCAUGGGAAAGGAAAGAACAACAACGGAGAUGGACAUAGUUUCAUCAAUGGCAGUACAGUCUACAAGAAUAUCAUGCGCGAGUGGAAAAUCUUGGAGAAGAACCUCCCAGACACCAUCUACGUGCGCGCGUACGAGACCCGUGUCGACCUUAUGAGGGCUGUGAUUAUCGGAGCAGCUGACACACCUUAUCAGGAUGGACUCUUCUUCUUUGACAUCAAGUUUCCGCCGGACUACCCUGACCACCCACCCCAUGUCUACUACCGAUCGCAUGGUCUGUCUCUCAACCCAAACCUAGGAUCAAAUGGAUACAUCUGUUUAAGCCUUCUCAACACGUGGAUUGGCUGGAGGAGUGAGCGGUGGCACUUAUCUAGGUCGACGAUCCUCCAAGUUUUGGUGUCGAUUCAGGGACUCGUUCUCAACGAGAGACCCUAUUAUAACGAGGCGGGUCUGGGUUUUUUUGACAGGAAUAUCCUUAGACAUCUUACAGAGUAUCGAUACAAAACUUACAACGCAAAGGCGUUUGUAUUAACGUGCCAGUCGACGCUGUAUUUGCUAAAGAAUCCACCAAAGAAUUUUGAGUCUUUCAUCGCCGAACACUUUCGUCAGAGAGCCAGUGGCAUACUGAGAGCGAGUGGUUUGUUAGAAGGAUAUUAUGUGACCAUGCGCUUGCGUUUUUCAAAUGGGUCUUCACAGUAUAAUUCAAUGGAGCUUUUGUACCCGGAACUCGUCGAGGCUUUUAGAAAGAAUGGUUGGGUGGAGGAGGACUUGCAGGUGGUAGAGGAGAGUUCAACGCAGUUGGCGGAUCAAGUGGAGAGGAAAGCUAAGCUGCCCUUUUCAUGGCUGUUUUGUUGUUUACCUUGGUUAUCCUGGGCCGCUAGUAACUAAUUAUAUAUGAUGAGCAUAAAAAUGGCGAAGCUGAUUCAUUGAAAACUUCCAACCAGAUGAUGAAAAAUGUAAACCUCAUGCUCAUCUCCACCAACCAGUCAACCAUCACUCUCCACCUUAUUGUUUCAACUUCCAACUUAAUUCACCAACACAUUCAUGUUAGGACAGACCUACAAUCUCAACUCUAAAAGACUGAGGUGGGACACAUACCUGUCACCACAGCCCCCAGGUAUAGAUUUCCGUAAGAGAUUUACAGAUGAUCAUGUAGGAUUGCUGGCAACGGUGAUCGAACUUAAAUUGAGGCUCAACCACAAGCACGACCAUACCAACUGAACCAACUCAUGUAAGAAUUUAAGUCAUGUAAGAAUUACUUUACCAAAUAAAUAAAGGAUGCAAGAAUAUCUUGCAUGAUGUUCUUGUCUUCUGGAGUAAAAUUUGAUUGUUCUCAUUACCUUGAUGAACAACAUGGAU